AUGGCCAAAAAGUCAUCAGACGUUUGCCCACAUCUUACUUUCUCGGCUUGGCGGCCAAGAUACUUACAAGAAACUGUUUAUAAUAAUCUUGUUGCUGUUAUCUGCGUCAACAUUACCUCAGCCGUCAUCUGCAUUGUGUUAAAUGCUCUGGUUGUUUUAGUGGUAGUGACCAAACAACAGUUGAGAACUGUGUACAACAUCCUCCUGGCGUGUUUGGCCGUGACGGACGUUCUAGUUGGCUUGCUCUUGCAGCCCUUGACCGUGGCGGCAGAAAUUAAGCACAUCUUUGGUCUUGGGCCGUUUUGUAUGUUCGAUACAGUACUGGGGGUGGUCGGCAUUGGAUUGUGCCUGGCGUCAGUUGGCCAUCUUAUGUUGAUCAGUGUUGAACGCUAUAUUUCCAUAAAGUUCCCCCUCAGAUAUGACGACAUCGUAACAGAGAAGAGACUUCUUACUGGCGUGGUGACGGUCUGGUUAGUUUCAGCUGUUGGCAUAAUUGCAAUGAUCUUUCUUGCGUCCAUAAACACUGAAUCAGAUUUAUAUUCAAUACUGCUGGUCGCAAACGAUUUAAUGUUCAUAGUCGUUAUUGUUGUUUACAUUGUUAUCAUUGUCUUCACCCAUACAGCUGUCUUCUUGGAAGCCAAAAACCAUAAACGUCGUCUGCAAACCGAGCAGUUACCUGACGAAGAAGCCAAGCGCCUUAAAAAGAACCACAAGGCAGCUAAGACCCUAACAAUCAUCUUAACGGCGCUGUUCUUCUCCUACCUGCCCGUAACCGUACUUUUUGGAAGUGCAACUUUCUUAGAUGGUUUGGUGGAGCCGCAUAUGUUGUACGUAUUGUCAACAUGGUCCUACACAUUUGCUUUCUUGUGCUCUCUCCUCAAUCCACUGAUUUACUGCUGGCGACUGGAAAAGCUUCGUGGAGCGUUGUUUGACAUACUGCAUUUAAGGCGGGCACAAGACAGC